UGCAAUCAGUAGUUUUCAAGGGAGCUUUUAAAGCUGAGCUGAAAUAUUUGAAAUGUGGAACACUCUUGACCAUGAAAUAUGUUCUACUUACAUGCCUCAGCCUUUAAAAGUUCUUUGCAUUAGAGUCAGGGAUUACAUUCUUCCUGGAGCCAAGCGUGGGGCCAGCUGUAAACAAGCCACACUUCUCCUUGGGGAGGCUGAUAGGAGUUUAAAUGGUUUGUGGUGGCGAGUGUCAGAAACUUUCCCAACUCCAUCACCAACCAUUUGCUUCCACCUCUACCCACUGGAGAGCACUUAGACACCUAAGCGGAGGCGACAGCUGAAUUCAGGAAGUCAUGCAUCAUGCCAGCAGGAGCCCACUGCAGACUUUAAACUCCGUUCAACAUGUGGAUGCGGCAGAGAAAUGACCUGUCCAGACAAGCCAGGGCAACUCAUAAACUGGUUCAUUUGCUCCCUGUGCGUCCCGCGGGUGUGUAAACUCUGGAGCAGCCGGCGCCCAAGGACCCGGAGGAACCUCCUGCUGGGCACUGCCUGUGCCAUCUACCUGGGCUUCCUGGUGAGCCAGGUGGGGCGCGCCUCUCUGCAGCACAGAUCGGCAGCGGAAAAGGGGCCGCAGCAGAGCCGCGACACCGCCGAGGCACCCUUCCCUGAGAUACCCUUGGACGGUACUCUGGCCCCUCCCGAGUCCCAGGGCAACGGAACCACUCUGCAACCCAAUGUGGUAUACAUUACCCUACGUUCCAAGCGCAGCAAGCCCGCCAAUAUCCGUGGCACAGUGAAACCCAAGCGCAGGAAGAAGUAUGCAGCGGCAUCUCUGGCCCCUGGACAUGAGGCUUUGGUCGGACCAUCCCUUCAGCCGCAGGAAGCUGCAAGGGCUGCUGAUGCUGAAGUGCCUGGGUACGUCCAGGGAGGAAACCUAGCCAAGGUUGGGGAACGACCCUGGAGGUUGAUACGGGGUCCUGGAGCACGGGAUGGGGGCUCAGAUUUCCAGCAGCCCAAGGCCAGGGAGAGCAACAUCAGGAUCUACAGCGAGAGCGCCCCCUCGUGGCUGAGCAAAGAAGACAUCCGCAGAAUGCGUCUGUUGGCCGAUGGCGCAGUGACAGGCCUCCAGCCAGUGCCCUCCAAGAGCCUAGCGCGCUUGCUGGUGCUGGAGGGGACCGCUGUUGGCUCUGUGCCUGGCUGUGGCCCUAGCCCCUGUGGGCUGCUCAAGCAGCCUUUGGACAUGAGUGAGGUGUUUGCCUUCCACCUGGACAGGAUCCUGGGGCUCAACAGGACCCUGCCUUCUGUGAGCAGGAAAUCGGAGUUCAUCCAAGAUGGCCACCCACGUCCUGUCAUUCUCUGGGACCCAUCUUUAUCUCCAACAAGUAAUGAGACUCACUCUUCUGUGAAGCUCACCUGGGGAACUUAUCAGCAGUUGCUGAAACAGAAGUGCUGGCAGAAUGGCCGAGUACCCAAACCUGAAUGGGGUUGUACUGAAGUACAUCACCAUGAGUGGUCCAAGAUGGCAUUGUUUGAUUUUUUGUUACAGAUUUAUAAUCGCUUAGAUUCAAAUUGCUGUGGAUUCAGACCUCGAAAGGAAGAUGCCUGUGUACAGAAUGGACUGAGGCCAAAAUGUGACAACCAAGAUGCUGUGGCUCUAGCACACAUUAUCCAGCGAAAGCAUGACCCAAGGCAUUUGGUCUUCAUAGACAACAAGGGUUUCUUUGACAGAAGCGAAGAUAACUUAAACUUCAAAUUGUUAGAAGGCAUCAAAGAAUUUCCCGAAUCUGCAGUUUCUGUUUUGAAGAGCCAGCACUUACGGCAGAAACUCCUUCAGUCUCUGUUUCUUGAUAAAGUUUAUUGGGAAAGUCAAGGAGGUAGACAAGGAAUUGAAAAGCUUAUCGAUGUGAUAGAACAGAGAGCCAAAAUCCUUCUGACCUACAUCAACGCACAUGGGGCCAAAGUAUUACCUAUGGAUGAAUAACAAAAGGAUCUUCUGGCUAGAGUACUAGAUAUAUUUAUGCAUUUUUGUUUUUGUUUUUAAAUCAUGUACGCAAACCUCAAGCCCUUUUAGGAAUGAGGCAAUGUAGAUGAAAUACAUAAAAUAAAUGAAUUUAACCAAAUAUGUAUGAUAAGCCUGAGCACUAUAGGCAGACUUAAAAUGCUUUUGAAAAACAUACUGCUCAAAAAUUUUUUUGUUUAUAUUUAUCUCUAACAUCAUGUCACAUGUCAUGUGAGUCUCAACAUCUGAUUACAGAACAGUUGCAGUUAUUACGCCAGCUAGCUUUGUUAAAAUAUUUGUCAUGCCGUGUAAUAGAACAGUGUAAACCAGAGCUACUGAUUCCUUUAAUAAACCAUAUUUUAUGCCAUUUUGACUGGUCUGACCAAAUACUAAUAGGAAUGGUUCUUGACAUUCUUCUGUUUUUGAUUGUUAAAGCAGAGUAGUCCCAACGCUACCCAGAGCCAACUCUACAUUGGAAAACUGAGGCUCAUGAUCUGCAAAAACAUCAGAGCAUACAAUAAUUCUAAGUAGAAAUGGUGGGUUAUUUGCAAAACUAUCAGUGUAUAUUCUAUUGUAUCUAUAAAUGAUCAGCCAUCUCUGUGAUUCUGAGCAGCGAGAAUCACAUUUUCCAUUUCUCUUUAGAAAUUUAUUUUGUUAUCAUUAUAGAAACCAUCCAAAUUUGACAAUUUAUACAUUAGGUAGUUUUGCUCUCUCAAUUUUGGUCCAAUUUAUGUCUAGUGGCUUAAAAAUUAAACAAUUUUAAGAUAUAAAGUUACGUAUUUGAAACUGUACUUGUAGAGUAUCUUUUUUUUAAUGGGCGCUCUAAAAAAAUUUGUAAUUUUUACCAAAGGUGUACUAUAAUUUUCUAUAUAUUUUAUGAAUAAUAGUAAAUUUCCUCAAAUUUGUUCUGUGUAAUUAUAUUUAAACUGAUUUAAUUGAUAUUGCCCAGAUAUUGACAGUAGGACCAGAUAUUGAAGGUGUGUAAAUAUAUUUUUUGGCUUAUUCCAAUAAGAGAAAUAUGAACAAAUUAAAUUAGAACCUGACUCUAUUGAAUUCUCCUCAAUGAAAGUGCAUAACUGGAACUAAAACAGCAAAUUUGGGCAAUAUUAAGCCUCAAACAAUUCUCCCCAAACUCCCUCUACCAACUUUUUAAUUAGGUGGAAGGACAUGGACAUAUAGUAUUUAUGUGUUGAGUCUUCAUGUCCUUGGAAGAGACUCACAUCAUCAUGUAUAUUAGAUGUUCUUAUAGAGGUUUCAAAUCUCCCACAAAUCAUUACUCUCCCACCCUCCCCACCCCCACACACCUCACCUUUUAUUUAAAAGCUGAUAUGCUGACUUCUUUCCUGGAAAGCUCAAAAAUACAAUUUAAAAAUGUUUAUAAUACAUUUAUCCUCUGUUUUCGCAGUUCUUCUGUAUGUUAUUGCUAAAGGGACCCCAUUUUCUGUGUUCUGAUAGAGGGUAACUCAGCUUCACUGUAAGUUAGAACUAGUAAAGAUAUUACAAUAAAGGUUAAGUUUUUUAAAAAGAACAUAUCUAUAGAUUCUAAUUUAUUAAAAUGUAUAAGGACAAAAUGUCAAAAUAACAUGUUAAGUAGAAGAGAAGAUAGACCAAGGAGAGGUGGAUUAUUUGAUUGUCUAAUUAUAACUUUUCUAGGCUUGAAUUCAAGUACUCCUUUUUAGCACCCUUAUUUGCUGGGCUAAUCCUUGGAGAGUGGUUUCCAGACUAUUCUCCUCUUUGAUUUUCCCUCUUUGCCCUGAGUGCCUCCCUCUGGUCCCACACAUUCAGAAUACUCUUUGGCUGUCCUGAGUCUCCAUGUUUACCUGCUGCAUUUGGGCUUUUUAAGAUCCCUUUUUCUCUCAUUAAUCAACAUAUUAAUGAAAAAUUGGCCUAACAAAAGUUUGGAGACCCAGGUUCUACUUUGAGUCACUGACUUGAAAUAACUGUCAAGUUGCCUUACACCUUGUCUUAUCAAGGUGGCGUAUUUGCAUUUUAAUAUGCUUUUAUGGACUAUACCAUCUUAAUCCAAAUUUGUGAUAUUGGUGGUGGGAAUUCCAGGCUCCUUAGAAGGGAGCUUUAAUUUUGUGUCUCAAGCUAUACUGCUUGGGCAGCUUGGUCCUCCCAUGUGUGAGUCUGACUUUCUUUAUUUGCCUCCAGUUAUUCCAAAAUGCUUAAUAUUAAAUAAAAGUUCCCAGAACACAUGUUUAUUUAGUCACCUUUGCUUUUCAACAAUGUAUUUUGUUUUAUAAUCAGUGAAUAAUUCAUGCUGUAUUAUUUUUGAAUAAUGGAUAGCUGAAGGCCAAGCUUUUAAUUCUAAUAAUAAGUAUUACUCUUCUUUUCUCUUACUGAAACAGUGAGAAUACUCUGUGCCUUUCAGAUGUACUCAGAUUAUGCUGUGGUUUAGUUCACAUAAGCACAUUAUGUGGUCUAUUUAUAACUUGAUAAAUUUAAAAUAGAGCAAUUUACCUUGGCAGAGAUAGAAAAGCUUAUUCUUGUGUGAUUUAUUUUCUUUAAGCUGAGGAUAUGAAAAUAAAUGCAUAUCUUACAAAUCUGUAAUAAAAAUAUUAGAAAUUAAAGAGCUUUUUAUUUUGUAGAUGGGUCCAUUUUCUUUUGUAGAUGGGUUACUUUUCAGAAGUUAAGUAUGGAGGAAUGUUUGCUAUGUUUAUCCGUAAUAAAAGAAACAAUUGAAUAGUCAAGAAUUUUAUUGGAUUGUGUUUGUGUAUGCAUAUAUUUAUAUCAUUAUUAGUGAUAAUAUGCUUUCUCUUGGUGCACGUAUAGCAUUGUUUUAGGUGGUAUGCAAAUUAGUUAACAGAUAUCAUAAACCAUAAGAGAAUAUUUAAUUUUUGGCUUUCUUUUCUUUGCUUGGGGUAAGACUUAGAAUUAUGUUUAAAGUUUUCUUUAUAGCAUUUGUAUUUAUUAAGUUUAUUGGGCACUCGAGGAACUUAUCGAAAUAUAAAAUGUCUUAGACUUAUGCUCAAAAUAUGUAUAAUCUCUGAACUUGUGUAAUAGCUCGUUUGUUCCAUUGUAACUUUAAACAUACAUUGCAUUAUAUCUAAUGAAUACAAUAAACUAGAUGUAGAUUCAUUUACACACUAUCUUAUGAAAUCCUAAUGUUUAUCUCAGCACAAGACAAAGUAAGGCACGUUUAGGGAACUAGUCUGAAAAUAUGGUAUGGAAAUUGUACAUGGGUCAAAUAAAGACAAUAAAGAUCUUCCUCUAAAAACUAAAUGGUAUCAUCAAGAAUUAAGAACUUUUAUUCAUGCAAGAUAAUUCAACUUGUCAGAAAAAUAAUCUGAUACUUGGAAAUAGCCAGGAGAGAUUUUUGAGUGUUCUUUCAGUGCAGUGCUGAGCUUGAUUUUGUAUUGAAUGGGUUCUUGAACAAUGUUGUAGGGCAGAGGUUAACUUGUAGAUUUUUAUCCCAUAGAGAUGCAAAUAAUUUCUGUCUGGUGGAAAAGACAACCCUAAUGGUUUUAUAGUUUAUUACCCUGUUGGACAUUAACCAGUUUUAUAUCUAGUCCAGCAAUCUUAUCCUAACAUUGCCUAUAAAUAGUUAACUUUUCAAAUACUCGUUGAAAUGACUUUGCCAUCUUACUGUUUCCCUUGUUAAUUAAUUAUUUGAAUAAAAUCUUUGACAUAUGUUCAUUUUACAUUUACAUAGGAGUCACAGUUUUACCUUUUUGAAAAUUUUGCUUUAAUAAAAUUUUGACUGCUGAGUCAUAUAA